UGCACCAGGGCUCCCCAAUAUGCAGGGCACCAGGGCUCCCCAAAGGGACACGGCGCCAUGGAGCUGGGUUUAAUGCCCUUGGGAGGAGCACUGCAGGUGGGUGAUGUUUGCAGUGUGGGGGUUUAUGGCCCCAUCCCAGCCGUUUCAGUGUGGUGCUGCAAUGCUGGAGGUGGAGCUCACUGCCCACGCAGGCUCUUGUUUGUGUUUAAGGUGAAAAUGACUCAUGUUGUUGACAUGUAAACCAAAGAGGAAAUGCUCAGAUGGAGUGUGUUACUGCAGACCAAACAUGGCUGUUGAGGAGCAGGAAAAAUCUCUUGGGUCAGGGCAGAAGCUGAUACAAAGUCCCUGCUGCCUCUGGUUUAGCUACAAUGCGGAAAAGCUCGAAGAAAAAUCAUUAACUGCACCCAUAUAAGUAACAAUGUUUUUGCCCUGUGUGUACCGUUGCCCAGCCCCAUAUGACAGGAAACAGUUACUGUUAAAGUGCCGGGAUGCUCCAGGUGCUGGUAGCUUUGACCUCACCCUCUCCCCAGCCAUCAUCCUGCCACUCUCCCGGCCAAAAUAAAGCUGUUCCCUCGUCCAGAGGCCCCAGAGCUGGCAGCCAGCAUUAUGGCUGAGGACGGUGGCUCAGAUGGAGUCCUGAUGCUCGGUACUUGGUGUUGCCCACAGGAAGGUGACCCUGCUCGUCUUGGGGCUGGACAACUCAGGGAAGAGCUCCGUCAUCAUGGACAUCAUGAGAGGUGGGGAGGAUGGCCUUCUGCAGGGAGGGUCCCACGAGGAACGUGGUGCUUGCUUGUGCCUGGUGUGCUUGUGGGCUGCAGCACGUGAUGCUAUGCCCGGGAUCCCAGCAGCAAUGCCCUCUCGGCUGGGUUGUGCCAGUCAUGGUCCACGAAGUAAAGAAAUCAGGUUGCUGCUCUGGGGAACAGAGUGCUGGCUGUGCCUUGGGGAUCCCACAAGUCAGAAGGGGGACGCGGCCAGGGAGCGGGAUGUAUGCACGAAAGGGAUGCUCUCACACUGCAUCCCUCUCCCCACACACAGCUCUGGCCAGUGAGGUGCUGCCUGCAGCACAGCCCGGCCAGACCCGCCUGCGGGUGAACAGGUUUGAGGUGACGCUGGUGGAGCUGCCCGGAGCUCAGCGCUGCCGCAAUGCCUGGCGCAGCCACUAUGGUGCAGCCGAUGGGCUGCUCUUCGUGUUGGACUCCAGUGACCUGGCGCGGAUGGAGGAGGCCCGCAAGGCUCUGAGUCGCAUCCUGAGUCACCCCGAUGUCUCUGGAAAGCCCCUCUUGCUCCUGGCCAACAAGCAGGACGUAGCAGCUGCCCUGCUGCCUUGUGAACUGAUCGAGCGCCUGGCGCUGCAGCGGCUGGUCAAUGAGAACCGCUCGCCCUGCCGCAUUGAGCCAUGUGCAGCCGUGGGCCCGGCCCGCAGCACACUGCAAGGACUGCGCUGGCUCCUGCAUGCUGCUGCUGAGCACUCCCUGCAGCUCCCCACUGCCUGCUCCCCAUCACCUGACCCUGGACCUGGAGCAGCCCACGUCCGCCCACAUGCACGCAGGGACCCCCUGGCCCAAAGGGAAGAUGAAUCGUGCAGUGCAGAGAAGAUAAAGGAGUUCCAGCCCACCCACCGCCUUCUCCCCCCCAGUCUCCAGGUGAGACUCCCCCAGCCGCAGCAGGGAGCAGAAGAUGGAGGAGCUCCCAUCACCUCUCCCCUUGUUCCCCCUGUCCAGAAGGUGAGCGCAAAAGGCCCCGGGAAGAGGAAGAAGAAGGUGAAGGUGAGGAAGAAGGGCACAGGGCAACUGAGCCCAGCUGAAGAACCAGAGGGAGGAGCAGCAGGAGGGGCUGAUGUCCGAGGCAGCACUGCUGGGGGGCUGAUGGCCAACAAUAGGGUCGGGCAGGAGGAGCCUGUGCCUGCUGGGAUGGCUGCCCCCCACUCAGGUGAGAGGAGGCUGUGGGAGCUUCUGGCACCACCCAUGCAGGCACCUCGGGAUCCCCAGAGCCACCCCAAGAGGGGCUGUGGGGACCCAGACGUGGUGCUGUGCUGGACCAGCAGUCCCUGGGAUCUUCCUUAGCUCUGCUUGCAGGUCAGCUGAGCUCAGAGCAGGUGGCAUCAGUCUGGAUGGGAAUGAGGAGAGACAUGCCUGAUGCACAGAGGUGAUGGAGGGCUGCAGACCUGCCAGCAGCAGUCCUCCCAGCUGGGUUGGUGACACAGGCACCCUUGCCCAAAGGUGAUGCCUGAAGUUUUGUAUUUCUCUAUCCAGCACAGGGCAUGAAGAAGAAAAAGAAGAAAAAAAUCAAGAAUAAAAUCAAAUCGCAGGAGCCUGUGGUGGAGCAGCAGCAGGAGGAGGUCUCAAGUACCUUUGGUUGGUAUUUCCCAGGUUUGGCUUUGCCCAGGAGCAUCGAGGGGUCCCAUUCUGUUGGCAGCAGGGUCUGAGCUGCUUGGAAGCACUCGGGCAUAUAAUGCCUGGUGAGGGGGCACAGGUACAGGCAGGGCAAAGUGCUGGGGAGGUGGGUGCUGUGUCUGCUGCCUUUGGGUAGGAUGCAGCCUGGGAGCCCAAGUGCACAGUGCCAGGCUCAGCCCCUGGGUUAGUGCCUGCUUCCCUUCCUCCCCCAGACCUGUACCGCCGGGCGAUGCUGGCUCUGAAGAUGCGGCAGGAGCAGAGAAAGCAGCCAUGUGCCAUCGCCCCCUGAGCAGGACAGGAGAGUCCCAGGGCAUGCGUGGUCCUGCAGCUUGUGCAGGGCUCCCGGGCUGUUUGGCCAGAGCUGGCAGUCCUGGGGCAGGAACAGCAGCACUGUUGUCCUCUGCGUGACUUGAAAAUCAGGAUCUGCAGGAGCCAGAAGUCCCGUUGUAAAAAGCCUCUUUGGCAGCCAGGUUGCAAACAGCCUGAAAAGGAAACAGACGGCACUUUCUGACCCUGUGUUAAUAUUCUAUGUAAGACUUGCCCUGAACCCUGCUGAGUCUGUAGAAGAGAGAGGAAGCUCGAAGCAAAUAUCCCAUGGGAAAAGCCCAUUUCUUGAACUGACAUAAACCCUGUUGAAGCUGUGUUCAUGGGUCAAGGGCUAACUCGGCCACUCAUCCAGCCCCUGCCUGCUGCCUGGACACGUUGAGCUUCCAGCUGGUGAGGUCAGGUGGGCAGAGCCAUACCCAGCUCCAGCCUGAGCCAGGGCACAGAGCAGCAUCUGCAUCCCAACACAACCAUCUGCAUCUAACACAACCCAUCCAUAGUUACCGAUUCAUGGGCACUGCCUAUCCCAUACAGGGCAAGAAAAAACAGUAAACCCUCAGCUGGGCUAAAAAAGGGGAAAGAACAACUCUGGCUACUCUGCCUUGCUGGUGUGCUGUGAAAUUAUUAGAUUCGAUUGCCAGUGCCUAUAGAGAUGAAUUGCAGCAGGUUAGGCCCAGUCUGUGCUUGCAGCCCUCGCAGUAACCCUGUCCCUCUGCCCGGCCGGGCUCUCGGGAGACGAUGGCCGGGGGUCGGGAGGGCCGGCAGCUCCCCCUGCUGCCCCGGGUGUGCAGGGAAAUAAAGCAAUAAAUGCAGUACAACCCUCUUCUGUUCUCUCCUUCUCUCUGUUUUUCUUCCUUCUUAUUUUUUUUUUCCUUUUUUCUUUUUCUUUUUUUUUUUUCUUCUCCCACCUUCUGUAUGAAGAUUUGCAGCUUUUUGAAAGAGAAAGAAAUCCUCUACUGCUGCCGUGUGUACCAGAAUUAGGACAGUGAAAAGAGGGCAAAGACAAAACUGGCCCAGCUGGUGUCACUGGGCAGCUACCUGAAACGUCCCACGGGAGCCAGCUGGAAGUAGCGUGCUGGGCUGACCCAAGGCACGUGUGCAAUGAGGGAUGGCAGGGUGCUGGCACAAGCUGCCCAGUGGCUGUGCCUCCAAGCUGAUGGACUGCAAGGAGCAUUUGGACAAUUGAUUGUAGGGUUUGCAUUUUGGGAGCUAUCUGUGUGGAGAUGGGUAGCGACAGCUCGGAUGUAUUCCAGAAUCAGUGUGUCAGUGGCUGCAGAGCACAGUCCAGCAGACAAUUCUGACCUGUGCUAACCGAGGAUAUAACUUUUCUCUUCUUUAGAAGUUAGCCACCAAGUAAUGGGCUGAACUGCUCCAGCAGCAAGUGAGAAGCAGCUGCUGUAACAGGAGUGUGCAGCGAGGCAUGCAGAAAGGUACACAGAGCUUUUUGCAUCGUUCUCCUCCUCCUUUUCAAGUCACAGCCCCUGACCAGCUGAAUAAAUGUCAAAGGGAGGGAUCCUCUGGAAGGUGUGCUCAGUGGCACUGCCUGCUGAAAGGCAAAGGAGCAGAGACUGCCCUUGUCUGAGCUUUGCAACAAUUGGUGAUGGUUUGUACCAUGCCAGGAGAUGAUGAGAUGUUUAAGUGAGCGCCUGCGGGGAAGGCAACACUGAGAGUUGAUUUGUCCCACGGGUGUGGAUAGGGCAGGAGGCCCUCCCACGUCAGGGAGAUGUGUGGGAAUCUCUCCUGCUGUACAUCUGCAAUGGCAUUUUAUAAAUAAAAACUUAAUUGUGUAGUUUUUCCCCCAGGUGAGCCUUUCCAGGGGUAUACAAACAGAACAGCACACAAAGUGGUCUCAGCAUCGCUUCCACCUUUCACAUCCAGAGGCCUUCCUUAACUCCAAGUGACAGAAGAAUGAACCAAGAAGAUGAUUUGUGAGAAAACCUCCCACUCAUUCUGGAGCCUGUUUCACUGUUGCAAAGACGAGCAAGUGUGACUGAUUGUAGCUAAUGAGUUCUUUGUCAGGUCAGUGUCAGGGAUCUCAUCUCACAGGCUGCCUGCAGGUGCUGCUUGUUCCCACCAGCACUCUUUUAAUGCUCAGCAUAUGGCCAGCCAUGGCUUGUAGGGUAUGCACAGAGAGAGGACAAGCACGAGGAUUUCCCUGGGGAUGGAGGCUAGGAGCUGGUGGGUGGUGGAGACCCUGCCUAUAUGGCUGCCUUCCUCCUGAGCUGGACUGAAGGUCAAAAAUAAGAAUAUAACUUAAAAGAGAAAAUCCUUUAGGGCAACUAUGCUGAUGAAGAUUUGACCAGCCCCUAUAUGAUGGCUUUUCUGGUUUUGCUUGGCUUAGUAAUUCCCUGGGAUAUGGCUACAAGUAUCACAAACACAGGUAAGGCAUGUGGCUUUUCCUCAAGAUGUUCUGUGGAAGAAAGUGAUUUGCUAUGUGCAUACACCUAAAUGCACACAAGUGAGGUGAAUGGAUGUGAAAUGUCAGAAUGGGUGUUUGGGUGGAUAAAAGCCCAGAGUAGGAGUGGUUUAGGGCUUGAGAAGUUGUAUGUGAAGUAAACCUCCUCCCACUUGGAGUUCCUGCCCUCUGACUGCCAGGUGGGCUGGGUGCCAGCCUGCUGUUCUGGCUGCCUCUGGCUCAGUCAUAAAAAGGAACUGCGGGGAAAUGCUACUUUCCUUUUCUCUUUCUAUCCCUUCCUUUCCCUUGAGUGAGCCUACCAGGGCCUGUUCCUGUGAGCUCAUUCUGAAUCCUGAGCUGAGACUCAUCAAUUUGAGCCCAUCAAUCCCCUCCAUGGUUCGCAAUGGCUGUGGGUGGUGCUGUGACGAACAGCCUUACACAGUGCCAUGCCAGAGCUUCUGCUGCUGGUUGUACAUCCUCUGUUGUGUUACGUUAAAAAUGAGAGUUAGCUUGUUUACUGUCAUGUACUCUGCAGCAUUGUUAGGGACGAAAACAGAUUUAAUUAGAUGAGAGUAACUCCCUGAGCUUCCCCUGAUUGCUAUGAAAGGGGCUAUUAAAUCUUUACAGGGAAAGGGAAGAUAACGAGGACUGGAAAUCCAGAAAAUAUGGAAACUUUCUGUUUCUAAGUUAAACGAGCCUUGUUGGAGACGUUACUGCUGGCAGGAGGAGGAAGCAGACAAUCAAAUUUAUUUAAUGGGUGUAUUUGUUUUGAGGCACGAGGGAGUGUGCAAGAGCCCGAGAUGCACAGAUUGGUUACAUCACGCACCAAAUAGACUCCAUGGUUUUUCCUCUAAUAAAAAGCUUUUCUUGCCUUUUUUCUUCCAACAAAGGAAAUUCUGCUAACUAAAACUCGUAGUCAUUCUACUUCAUAAAUUAUCACUGUAAGUCACUGAGUGUUUGAAUAUGUUAUUUCAGUCUAAGAGGAAAGUGUCUCUUGAGGAAGCCUAUCCAUGUAUUAAAGGGCUUUAGCUAUAGGAUACUGCUGGAUAUGAGAUCAAGAGCUAAUUCAUUAACCAAAGUUCUUCAUUUUAGUCUUCUGCAGCAACCAGGGCUCACGUUUUGUCUGUGGAAGAACUUACACCUUAUGAAACUGCAUUUAUAUUUCAGCACAGAUGGAUCCGUGCCAGCGGCUUGCUAAACCCCUGUCCUACACCUGAUGACGUAGAUAAUUCUUGCUGCCCCAACUGUGCUCUAAGGCUUUCCAGCCCAUCUUCUGUGUGCAGCACAGCUGAGGUUUUGGGGCUGAUUUUUUUUGCAGGCCUUCAGUGUUUUCAUUUGUUUACUUUGCCAGGCUUCAUAGUUUGCAAGACACUACUGCUGCACAGGCUUGCAGCUACCAGCACCUGAACUCUGUGUUCUGGCAGGGAAAGCUGCUGGUGGAGUGAUGAAUUGAUUUGAAAUGGACUUUGAGAGAAGGGAGGGGGAGGAAAAAAUGCGUGUGUAGAUCUCCUUGCUCAACUGACACUGCAGCAUGUAACUGCUGCUGAGUCAACUCAGUACAGCAGACUGAACUGGCUGCUUCCUUCCCCUUUUCCAGGAAGGCUGCAGAAAGCCCAGCCCAUGGCAGCCCUGCUCCCCAAAGCACUCCCUGCCACUCUCCAGGUGAACUUUUCAUGAUGUCUUUCCCGGAUGGGAGAGGACCUCAAUAGGUCUCAGGGCAGAAAGAAUGGCUUUGAGAGCCGGCAGGUGCUGUGGCGGUUGGCCACAAAAUAGCCUGCAGGCUAUCCCAGCGUUAAAGGUUAAUUUGCAUCAACAGCCAUCAGGAGGUGGGAUGGGCUUUGCAGAGAAGCUGAGCAGUGCAUCUCCACUGGCUUCGUGCUCCACGGGUAUAAAAUCCGUACCGCAGUCUGGACGUGUGAGGAACCCAUGGCUCCUUUCCCGAAGGCGGCUCAUCCCCUGCACGGCCGCGCGGUGGCAGAAGAAGCAAAGGACGUUUGCAAAGAAACGAGCACCGGGAGCAGCAAGGAGGGCCGGCCGCCCCUCGGAGGGUGCGAGGGCAGCGUGCUUAAACGGGAACCCCUUCGGACAGGGCCCGCCGGGUGGCACGGGCUGCCGGCACGGGCGCUGCAUCCCGCAGGCAGCUUCAUGACGUGGGAAAGCCUGGCGGGAUGUUUUGCUUCCUCUGUGUGGGGACGGCCGCGCUGAGACAGCAGUUUCACUGGUCCCAAAGGCAUCGCUUGAUGUGCUCAGCACCCACUGCAGGCACAUUGGGGUGCAACAACCUCUGUUUUCUGUUGGCACAGCCCGGCCUGGAGCCCACCGUGUGGUACGGCUCUGUGGGGCGGUGGGAGCCCUCCAUGUGGAGCAGCAGGAGGGAGCUUCAGAGCUGCUUAGGUGUUACAUUAAGGUGUUUAACAAUUCCCAUUCGUUAUUUACAGUGUUGUGUGCUUGUUUUUUUUUUCUUUUAAUCAGCCUCGCAUUGUUUUCUUGUUUCCUUUGUUGUGGUUGUGCUUUUG